AUGAAUUAUAUCUUACUUGUUUACAACAAGUAUAAUACUGUCCUUGCCUUUUCUGUCUGUGAUGACCCUGAUUACUUCUACGACUAUGUUCAAGGCCUACUUGAUGGACUUGAGGCAGGCGUUGAUUCACGUGAUAUUGUUAACAUUCAAAAUGUGAGGAUUACUAUUUCAAUAAUAAAUGACUUUCCUAGGAAUGUUCCAGUGAUUGAUCUCCUGCGCAAUCUAAGGAUGACUGCUGCAAGGGCAAAAUCAGUUUACAAGUCUGACAAUGUGAAAUCAUAUUUGUCCAGUGUUGCGGAAUGUUCCAACUUCCAGUGUUGCGGCAUCGAUACCAAUUAG